CGUUCACAACAUCGUCGCAUCGUCGCCGUUUAGUGUUUUGCAUCUGUGUCUGUUUUCGCAGCCAAUUUAUGGCUGCACAGUUUUCAACUCGGCGCAAUUUGUUUUUAACCAUUGGUAAUCAUUGACGCAAAUUCUGGCGGCAGAAUUAAAGAAGGGAGUGCAGAUUGCAAUCAGAUUAGUAAAUUAUUAUAACAAUAACAAGUGGUGCAUUUGUAUGCAAAAGUCUGUAUGUAUAUUGUUUUUGUGCGCACCGCGAAAUGCUCUUAUCAGAAACAGCAUAGCAAACAAAUGACAAAGCUAGUGUACAUAUUGGUAUAGUAUGUAUGUAUGUGAAUGAAAACCGGAGUACUGUAAAACAAUAGCAACCAAUUGUGCGGUCGAGAGUGUGAUUAUUUAUGAAAGUCUAAAUCUGCAACUACUUGGAUUGAUUUGAAUAUAAAUAAGAGGAAAAAGGAGAGGAAUUGGACUGAACGAGAGAGCUUGUGUUUAUAUUGUAUAUACUUGUAGAAGCGGCUGCUCAAAAGCGAAAACACCAAUAAAAUAUCCGAAGUGCAAGGCCUCAAAAAGAUAUUUGUAAAUGAGCAUUAAAAAAGAUGUAAAUUAUUGGAGAAACUUGAAGUAUCAGCUAAAACAGCAAUACCAGCAAAAGUGAAAAGCCGAGACAGGAGCGAAGAAAGUCAUCCCUCCACUCGUCUUCCUGCCCACCUGGCAUUCAAAACACCCGCAUGCCCUUUAUGCUUAUGUAGUUCGUUAGUCGCAAAGCUGAUUGCUCGGUUCUCGCCCACCCCCUCCCCAGGUUGGAUAGCCGGCUCGGCUACCUCUCUGGUACAUUGCGUUGUAUGUUGUUGGAGCAAAUAAGCAGAAAAAUCAACUGAGUGCAGGAGGGGAGCUGCAAAGUCGUCUUUGCUGUCGCAGCUGCUGCCACCGCCAUUCGCUCUGCUACCAGUGGGAAUAAACGAGAAAUUGCGUUUUAUCGCUUGUGCUGAUGAAAUGUGCUUGUUUUCGGAAAUUUCCAAAUGUCGAAAAUUGUCAAAAAGGUGUUUUAACAAUUGGAAUAAAACUAUGAGAAAUUAUGAUAAAAAAUGCAGUUACAUAUGUUUAUGUUUAUCAUUGAAAAUCACAAAUUAAAUCUGGAAUGUACCUGUUAUAUAUGUAUAUUGAUAAAGAAAUUUAAGAAAAUGUCGCGCGUCUUUAAUGUACCAUACAUAGUUUAUGUACAUGUUUAAUGUUAUGAAAAUGUUGGCACACUUAAGAAACUUAUGAAAAUGCUUAUAAAAAAUAACUAUAAUAGUGAAACAAAUUUGAAAGCGAUCAUCAUAAAGUUACAAUGCCUCCUUCAAAAGAAAGAAAAUAAAAAAUAAAGUUUGUAAAAUGUUUUGUGAAAAACUCUAAAAUUGUACCAAACAAAUAAGUGAAUUAACUUUUAACGGUGUAAAUGAAAAACUGACAACAAUUAAACUUCAAAAUUGGCUCGACAUUCUGUGUAGGAUUAUCCCUCAAUCACAGAAACAAUCGAUAAGAUUAUACGGAUUAACUCUGCUAUUGGAAAAAUAAAGGCCUCAAGCUGACGCCGACACCGACAAAGAUGUCCACGGAGCGUGAGCUUGCUCCAGGAGGACCAGCACAGCUCCAUACACUACCCGUGGCUUACUCGGAUCUCGGCGCUACACUGCAACUGAACACAGCUGUUCGAAUAAUUGGCAAAGUGUAUGAGUCACAGUGGACACCUUCGCCACCGAGGCCUCAAAGCCCUUCUCAAUCGCAAACCAACUACGAUCCACACACAUCACCACCAGCUACCGGUUCAUCAGUGAAUCCCACCGCCGUGACCAGUCCGAGUGCGCAAAAUGUGGCCGUUGGGGGCGCAACUGUGGGGGGCGCUGGCGCUACAGGUCACUCCACACAAGCGGCUGCAGUCGCCUCACCCUUGGGAGCGGCAGCGGCUACUUCGCCUACCACCCAACCUGAACUGCCAGUAUUCACGUGCCCCCGUCGGCCAAAUUUGGGUCGAGAAGGUCGACCGAUUGUUUUGCGCGCCAACCAUUUUCAGGUGUCUAUGCCGCGCGGCUAUGUACAUCACUAUGAUAUCAACAUUCAGCCGGAUAAGUGUCCGCGGAAAGUGAAUCGUGAAAUUAUCGAGACCAUGGUGCAUGCGUAUAGCAAGAUAUUUGGAGUUUUGAAGCCAGUAUUUGACGGGCGCAAUAAUUUGUAUACACGUGACCCGCUUCCCAUAGGCAACGAUCGACUGGAAUUGGAGGUAACACUUCCAGGCGAGGGAAAGGAUCGUAUUUUCCGCGUAACCAUCAAAUGGAUGGCGCAGGUAUCGCUUUUCAAUCUAGAGGAAGCCUUGGAAGGGCGCACGCGCCAAAUACCGUACGAUGCAAUACUUGCUUUAGAUGUGGUUAUGCGGCAUUUACCGAGCAUGACAUACACGCCUGUGGGUCGCAGUUUCUUCAGCUCACCCGAUGGUUAUUACCAUCCACUGGGUGGCGGUCGUGAAGUUUGGUUUGGUUUCCAUCAAAGUGUACGUCCCUCGCAAUGGAAAAUGAUGCUAAACAUUGAUGUUUCGGCCACGGCUUUUUAUAAAGCGCAGCCAGUUAUUGAUUUUAUGUGUGAAGUACUUGAUAUCCGAGAUAUUAAUGAGCAAAGGAAACCACUCACCGAUUCGCAGCGUGUAAAAUUCACCAAAGAAAUUAAAGGAUUGAAAAUAGAAAUUACCCACUGUGGAGCUAUGCGUCGCAAAUACCGUGUCUGCAAUGUAACACGUCGUCCAGCACAAAUGCAAUCAUUUCCACUUCAACUUGAAAAUGGCCAGACUGUGGAGUGUACCGUGGCCAAAUACUUCUUGGAUAAAUACCGCAUGAAACUGCGAUAUCCCCAUUUGCCCUGUCUACAAGUUGGGCAGGAGCAUAAGCACACUUACUUGCCUCUAGAAGUAUGUAAUAUAGUCGCCGGUCAACGCUGUAUCAAAAAACUGACUGACAUGCAGACAUCGACGAUGAUUAAAGCUACGGCUCGUUCAGCACCCGAUCGUGAACGUGAAAUCAAUAACUUGGUUAAGCGUGCGGAUUUCAACAACGAUUCUUAUGUUCAAGAAUUCGGUUUAACUAUUUCUAACUCUAUGAUGGAAGUGCGAGGACGUGUGUUACCACCCCCCAAACUGCAAUAUGGUGGACGGGUAUCAAGUAUGACCGGUCAACAACUUUUCCCACCCCAGAAUAAGGUCAGUUUGGCUUCCCCAAAUCAAGGUGUCUGGGACAUGCGGGGAAAGCAAUUCUUCACUGGUGUGGAAAUUCGCGUAUGGGCAAUUGCUUGUUUUGCGCCUCAAAGAACCGUACGUGAAGAUGCUUUGCGUAAUUUUACGCAGCAAUUACAAAAAAUUUCGAAUGAUGCCGGCAUGCCCAUAAUUGGACAACCUUGUUUUUGUAAAUACGCGACUGGCCCAGAUCAGGUAGAACCUAUGUUCAGAUAUCUGAAGAAUUCAUUUAACGCACUGCAAUUGGUGGUGGUUGUGCUACCCGGAAAAACACCAGUCUAUGCUGAGGUAAAACGUGUUGGCGACACCGUAUUGGGUAUGGCCACACAAUGCGUACAGGCAAAAAAUGUUAAUAAGACAUCGCCGCAGACCUUGUCGAACCUUUGUCUGAAAAUUAAUGUGAAAUUAGGAGGAAUAAAUUCCAUAUUGGUACCUUCAAUUCGUCCGAAGGUCUUCAACGAACCCGUUAUUUUCUUAGGCGCAGACGUGACUCAUCCUCCAGCCGGUGAUAAUAAGAAGCCCUCUAUUGCAGCGGUUGUUGGCUCAAUGGAUGCUCAUCCGUCACGCUAUGCGGCCACAGUACGAGUACAGCAGCAUCGCCAAGAAAUUAUACAGGAAUUAAGUAGUAUGGUCCGCGAACUAUUGAUUAUGUUUUAUAAAUCUACUGGCGGUUAUAAGCCUCAUCGUAUCAUUUUGUAUCGCGACGGCGUCUCAGAAGGGCAAUUCCCUCACGUAUUGCAACAUGAGUUGACUGCUAUACGUGAGGCAUGUAUCAAACUGGAAGCAGAAUACCGCCCUGGUAUAACAUUUAUUGUUGUACAAAAAAGGCAUCAUACUCGUCUCUUCUGUGCUGAGAAAAAGGAACAGAGUGGAAAAUCUGGCAAUAUACCAGCUGGUACCACAGUCGAUGUUGGUAUUACACAUCCAACCGAGUUUGAUUUCUAUCUAUGUAGCCACCAAGGAAUACAAGGUACAAGUCGGCCUUCACAUUAUCACGUUUUAUGGGAUGACAAUCACUUUGAUUCCGAUGAACUACAGUGCUUAACAUAUCAACUGUGUCACACCUAUGUGAGAUGUACACGCUCAGUGUCAAUACCAGCACCGGCUUACUACGCUCAUCUUGUGGCAUUCAGAGCCAGAUACCAUUUAGUUGAAAAGGAACAUGAUUCAGGCGAAGGAUCUCAUCAAAGCGGUUGCUCAGAAGAUCGCACACCUGGUGCGAUGGCGCGCGCAAUAACGGUACAUGCGGACACAAAGAAAGUCAUGUACUUUGCUUAAAUCCAUUUUGCAAACAUUCUUAUGUUAUAUCAUUAACGAAAAAGUUUAGAUUUUCCAGCCAGUAAAAUAUUGCUGGAUCUCAUUACGCAUUUCCAAUUCAAUUUGUACUUUCUUCGAAAAUUUUGGUCUGUGUUGUUUGGUACAUUUGAAUCAGAGAUCAUAUUAUAAAGAGUAACAUCAAUUCUAAGCAACUAAAAAAACCACUAAAACGAAAUGGAGAAUACGGAUAGCGCUCAAAAUACCUAAAUGAAUCCAAUCAACAUUUUACUGGUUUAAGUAUCUAGAAUUGCAUCAAGGCAGUCUUAAGUAAUGCGAAUCUUCAGAAAAAAGGUAAAAAUUAACCAAAAAUGACUUUUAACAUGGAACUCAAGCCAUGCCUAAGCUAUUAAAUUACAUCUUAAAUUGUAAUAAGCUUUUAGUAAGUUUAAGCUUCUUCCAUAUUUGUUAUAUUUGCUACAAAGUAAUUCCUACUAAUUUAUUUUUAAAUCUCCAAUAGAAAAAAAGAUAAGUAUAAAAGUGUUAAAAAAUCAUUUCGGAUUUAUGUGAAAUAUACUAAUAUUAAUAUGAGACUUCGAAUGAGUUUCCUAAUACGAUCCGCAAAUAUGAAAAAUUCAAUUGCCACUUAUGGUAUGCUUACUAUGUACUCGUAUGUGUAGCACAAAUACGAACUGAUUGCUUACAUACCAGGAUUUGAUUUUCGAAUUGUGUUAUACAAAAUUUAUAUAAAUACUUUCAUAGAUUGAUCAGUGUUUUAAUUUCACUCUUGUUAUCUUAUUUUUUGAAAACGUGCAUCUCCAUAAAAAGAAACCAUUUAUAUCUGAGGGAUGUGCAGAUGUAUAUUUUUUAUUAAACACGGAGAAUAUCGCUAAUUGACUCAACUAAGAAUCAACUACAAAAUCAUAUUGCGCUCUACACAAAAUAAACAUGGUGGGAUGGGAAUAAACUGUACACAAAUUUAUACAUAAAUGUCAGCGUCAUUACUUAAUUUUGUAUUGCCAAACCGCAUAUUUUAUUACUACAAUGAUGUAAACAACGUGAAAUAUGUCAAAUGGUAAUGUUUAAAAAUGAGAUUUGACUUAAGAUAUUCGUACGCGCCUACUUGUGGACUAAUUAAUAUGUAAAGACCCCCCAAUCUGAAGGGAGUAAAUUCUUAAUUUAAUAACUAUUUAAAGUACCAAAUAUAGUUGUCAGACUUUGGUCUAUCUGCCCUAGUAGGUUUGUAUUCUCAAGCGCAUCAGUCGUAUUUCUUUUGCUUUCAACUUUGACAGACAUACGCACUAUGUACUUCUUAUAAAUAUAUUAAUAAGACAAUAGCGCUGAUGGAUUGAGCAAUUUUUAUUAUAAAGAGACCCUCCCAAAAAAACAGAUAUCUUAAACUUUCUCCGAUUAAUUCAAUUUCAUCGGUAUAUAAUUUAAACAAUGUACUCAAAUGUAUUUAUAUUAAAAAAUAGUACAAUUAUUGAAAGAAAAAAUUAAUUAUGUUGAUGCAGCAGCAUUUAACUUCCGUUUUAAGUUUGCCACAAUAUGUCGUCAUCCGUCUCCGCAUUAGUACCUUCCCUGUGUAGUGCAUGAUAAGACACACACUCAAAUUUACUUUGUAGGUAAAAACAACUCAAAAGUAAACAAAAAAUCUUCAAAGUGUCGUCACUUACGAUUGAACUUUAAGUUAGUUUAAGUAUAGUUUUUAAGCACCUGGUCUAGCCAAUUUUACAGCAAGCAGGUGGAAAAUUUUAAUUUCUGUAAGUAAAUUAAUUGUAAUUGCCUGUUUUACUUGCUUUUCAAGAAUUUCACGAGACGAAAAAGAAACCAAAUUUAGAAAAACUCAAUCACGAGGCUCGUUGAAGAUUUAUUAGUAAAUAAAUUUGUACUCAAAUCACACAAAAUCUGGGCACUCAUAUGUAUACUUAUAUAUUGAUUUCAUAUUUAUUAAAGUAAAACAAAUGCAAAUGACAAGAAAACAACAAUAACAACACACUUCGAUUGAGUGGAAUUAUUUUACCAAAUAUAUGUGGGUGGUAAAAACUUUGUAAAUAUACAAUACAUACAGUGAACUUUUGGCAAAAGAACUUAAAUCGGCGUGACGGCUGGGAUUUACUACAAUUUAUAAAAGCACUAAUCAUUCAAAGCUAUUAAAUUGAAUUCCACUAUGAAAGAUUAAAGUUUAGUGAUCCAAAAGCAAAAGUUGUUAUACUAAAAUAAACUCUUUUGUCAUAGGUCCACCGGUACUUGUAUAGUGGUUAAAUUGUUUUAUUUAUAUUCAAAUUAGUCUAGUGUUGAAAGGCUUAUAAUUAUUAUUAAUGUGCCAAAAUUUUGUAUAUACAUAAAAUAAAGUUAAUUCCAAUUUUAAUUUUUCCAAACUGCGUUCAAUUCAAAUAUAAAUCGUUUGUUGCUAAAUGGCAUUCUUUAAAUGCGAUGUUUUGUUGUUGUUGUUGUUUUUGACAUACUUUCACGUAAUCUCUACAGUUAAAUCUCGUAGGCCAAGAAUCAAAAUGCAGCCGUAGCAUUGAAAAUAAAAGUUACAAAUUAAAGAUAUUUUUAGUAAAUGCAUUACACAUACAGUUACUCAAACAACUGAUCACAUGUUUGAAUACUCUGUAUUGCAAUAGUUUCAAAAACAAAACUACUUAUCCGAUUUUGUUCGUCAAUCACUUGUUUUGUUGUGGUUGUGUUUCCUUUCAAAUAAGUGUACAGGGAGAAACUGUUGUAUUUUUAUUCUCAAAUAAGUUCGAGAAGUGCUUUGUCUUUUCUUAUACAUAUAAUGCAACUUACUCUUUCGCAGUGCUAAAUGCCCUCAUAAUAGUAAUAAUAAUAAGCUGAAGUAAAAAGAAAUAUAUUAUUUUUGCAUGAGAUUGAACGCUUUAUUUCGCAAUGUGCUUUCUUUUUACUACACCUUAUGUUUUGUGUAACCACCGUUGGCAGCAGGCUCAAUUUGUUGUAUGACGUUUCGUGAACAAAAGUUUGUUUUAACAUUUGUUCGACCUCGCAAGCUAACAGAUAAGUGCAAAUUGUUGUCUGCUGGUGCAGAUCACGAAGAAUACACCACUUUUAGUAUAUGCUGAAGAUUUUCUUUCGCCCACUUGAAAAUUGGAUACGGAAUGGUUAUAUUUUUGUAAAGUUUUACACCGACACUUUUGCUGACGUCGAGUAUUUCUACCAUUGCACGACCAGCUCUAAAAUAUUCACAAUGCAAUAAUUGUCUUAUUAGUAGAAUAUAGAAUCUUAUUAGCAUUUUUUUGCUACCAUAUGGAUGCAUCAUAGUUUCAAGUAUAUUAACUUUUCCUGUUGUUUAUUACAUCUACAGCCCAAAAACAUGGUAUGCUUGACGGUGUUUAAAGAGUUCCGAGGUCAUUAUGUUCUGUGGCAGUCCUUUGCAGACUCUGUCGUACUAAACGCUUCACGUUUCCAGAAAUCAUAACGGGUCUUCUUCUGAAAGUUUCCUUUUUAUUUUCUUGGUUUGCGCAUACGAAACCAUUUUGGCUAAAUAGCAGUGAGUAGAUUCGAUUUCUUUGUAAGGAUUACCUUCCGAAAAGAGCCUUUUAAUCAAAACGGGUUUUUCUUUUGUGAAUUGAUUCUCUCGUUCCCCUAUUAAAAAGAAGUUUUCAAUAAAAUACUACCUUAUACGCAUUGUAAAGUGGAGCAACAACGUCGAUUCCUGCAGAAAUGCAAAUGUUUAAAUAUUAGAAUGGCCAUACGAAGAGGGCCAUUGAGUCCCUUGUCGUUUCAUCACAACGAAAAAAAAAUAUCUAUUUGUUUGUUUAAACUGCAAUCGAUGAUAUAGAAUAAUAAAACAUAAAUAUUUGCUACAUGCAUUUACUUUAAAAUAAAAAAAUUGGUUUGUUAAAUUGCUCGCCCAGUGCACUUAUUUUUAAGAAACAUAACAAAAAAGCAAGCGUUUGACGAGCAAAGAUCGAAUAAGUAAUUAUGUUGUUGUAGGUAUUUAAAUACGGGUUAUUCAAACACGUGGUCAUAUAUAUAUAUAUCAAAUAUAUCGCAUUAAGUCUUAGUUGUACAAACAUUUAUUGCCAUGGGCGAAACUUGAGACAAAGCCGCUGGCCAAUGGGCAAUUAUGAAUGGCCUGGCAAUAAAAGAGGUUUACAUUUUUUUAAUGACACAGCUUAAAGUUAACAUUACGUUAUUUAUCUCUCGAUUUAAUUUAAUUUUAACUAACUUUUGAGGAUAUGAGAAGCAAAACACGAAAUAAAACCAAAAUGUCAUAUUAAGAACUGGAAACAAAUAAUUAAUACAAUUACAAAAAUCUGUAUCAACAACGUCGUAAGUUUAGUUAACAAAAAACAAAAAAAAAAAAAAACUAAAAAAAACUAAAAAAAAAAACCUUUUUAAAAUUUAA